AAGCCACGAUAGAUAACAGAUCAGAAGCAAUUUAAAUAGAGAAAAAGGAAAUGGCAUCUCUUACUCCUGGAGUUCUACUGAAGCUUCUCCAAAGUAUGAAUUCUGAUGUGAAGGUACGUGGGGAGUAUCGAUCUGUUCUUCUACAAGUAAUAAGCAUUGUACCAGCCCUUACUGGCUCUGAGUUGUGGCCAAACCAUGGCUUCUUCAUUAAGGUUUCAGAUUCUUCACACUCAACAUAUGUCACUCUGUCAAAGGAAGACAAUGAGCUCAUUCUAACAAAUAAAUUGCAACUUGGUCAAUUCAUCUAUGUGGAGAGGGUGGAGGCUGGAACUCCAGUUCCAACCAUUGUUGGGGUCCGACCUAUUCCUGGUCGGAAUCCAUGCGUGGGUAAUCCUAAGGAUCUUAUGCAGAUGUUAGUUCCUUCAGAGGGUCCAGUAUCAACAACAAUCAAUCGUGAUGCUGGAACAACAACAACAACAACUACUACUACUACUUCAAAGUCCAGUGAGCUAACUGAUGGAAUACAAGAGAGCCCAAGACAGAGAAUUGUUAUCAAGGAGGAGAAGGUGGUGGUUGCAUCUAGGUACAUGCAGGGUGUGUUGAGUAGUUCAAUUUCAAAAGGAGGAGCUGAAAAUGAUUCCAGCAGUAAUGAGAAUGGUGCAAGUUAUAAGAAGGUUUCUAAUUCCUCCAAACCCAAACAAGAACUUAAAAGGUCAGCAUCACAGACAAGCCCAUUGACGACUCCUUCGCACAGUCGUGCUGAUGCUCCUAAAAUUAAGGUGGUAGAGGCUACUGGUGGCAAUGCCAAAGAGGCUUUAUUAGUACCAGCAAAGAGCUCAACUACUAAACACACCACUACUUCUAAACAGGACAGACCCAAUUUAAGUUGUUCCUUAUUGAACAACAAAGAUAAACGUCAAGCUCAUGAUACCAUCUCUUGGGAUUCCCUUCCUGCCAACCUUGCCAAGCCUGGGAAGGGGGUUCUUAGAAGAAGAAAUUUAGCUUCAUUGGUAGCAAUACAAGCUCAAAAGGAAGCAUCUACAGCUGCAUCCCUUGUCAAGUGCCUGAGUAUGUUCGCGGACCUUCGCGUGUCAGCCUCUCCAGACAAUCCCCAUCUCACUUUCUCCAAGUUUUUCUCUCUUCACCAGUUUACAGAUCAACUGACUGAUGUAGUUGUAUCAAAAGAUAGCCCACUUCAUGUCUUCAAUAACAUAUCUACAACAGACAUAGAUAUCUGUGGUAAGAAAACUGUACUGACUCACAAUAGAAAUGCACUUGAUUGUACAAAGCCAUUGAUAGAAUCUGAAAGAUUAGAAUGGGCAAAAGGGAAUGAUACUGAAGAGAUUCAAGAAGUGAGGGAGAUUCUCCUAAAGGAAUCAGAGUCUUGGUUUUUGACAUUCUUGGAUGGUGCUCUAAGUUCUGGGUUUCAUGUGGGUAGUCAUGAGAAGAAAAGAAAGGACAAUCUGAGAGGUCAGAAGAGAGCAUCAGAGGACCAGAUUGCAACAACAUUAUCUCAGCUUAAGCAAGCAAACGACUGGUUGGAUAAAAUACGAAGUGAGGCUGGCCCAGAAGACAAUGGAUUGGUUGAGACUGUUGAUAGGUUGAAGCAGAAGAUCUACACAUGUUUGCUUGCUCAUGUGGACUCUGCAACAUCAGCUCUAGAAAGCCGAUCUGAUCGUGAUUGAUUUAGCCUAGAGCGUAUAUAUUCUCUUUCUAUUUUGUGGAUUUAUGGGUUAUUCAAGAAGGUAAAUAUUGAAAGGGAAUUAUAAGAACCAAAAAAAAAAAAAAAAGAGUUAAAU